UUGGGGUGGAACAGUCCUGUAAUGAGCAUAUUCUACAGACACUCAGCAUCAUAUGGCUUCAGACCAUCAUGGAUACACACCUUCAAAUAUGCACAUAAACAUGAAGGAGGAGAGGACCAAAGAGCAGGAAUAAACUGAUAUUGUGACGCUUUUAACCAGGAGACGUCUUCCAGGAGAGAAGCUUCACCUCUACACCACAGCAGGAGCGCAGAAGGGAAAAGAGAGCGAGAGGGAGCAGCGUUAGGAAUGCUGUGCCAGAUUGAUCUUAUUUAACACGUUUUUAAGCGAGGAAAUGCUGUCGAAAACAUGAUCUAGAGGGAGGCCGUGACGCCAUCCAUGCUUCGAGGCUUCAGAUGCCCUCCUGUACACCUGCAUUUUUGUGGUACGUUUGGGGGCCGUGUAAUGUCUGAUUGAGUGUAUCAAUGCUGCUGCUGUGUGGAUCUCUUCGGCUGUGGAAAAAAACUAGGCCUUGUUUGCCUGCUGAUCUCCACGCAGGGAAGGCGGAACGCGGCUGUGUGCCUCAGCCUGUUGGGACCGUGCAGAGAGGAAGGGAGAAGCUCACCAUCUGCAUGCCCGUUGGAAGUAGCAUGCACAAUAAAGACAUCCAUGACCAAAGGCCGUGCACAAACCGGCAGGAGCUAUAACACCAGGAUGGUAGCCUGGUAAAUUCCUUUUCACCCCUUUAAACGGCCUGGACUGCUUUUUUUUUCUAUACAAACGAAAUCUACUUGAAGGAAUAUUGCUGUAACACUUCCUGCCUAGUUUAUCACAGUCUUCCUUUUUUUGCACUUUUUCCCACUUGACAUUCUGAAGAUUUGCCAAAACCUGUUUCAUGCAUGUCCACUGGAGGCAGGUUUGACUUUGAUGAUGGGGGGUCGUACUGUGGAGGGUGGGAACAGGGCAAGGCGCAUGGCCGAGGGGUCUGCACGGGGCCCCAGGGCCAGGGGGAAUACGCGGGGGCCUGGAGCCAUGGAUUCGAAGUUCUUGGAGUUUACACUUGGCCCAGUGGGAACAGUUACAGAGGAACCUGGGCGCAGGGCAAGAGGCAUGGCAUCGGUGUGGAGAGCAAAGGGAGGUGGGAGUACAAGGGGGAAUGGACACAAGGGUUCAAGGGGAGGUAUGGGAAGUUGGAAAGCAUUAGCAGUGGCUCCCGUUAUGAAGGCACCUGGAGCAAUGGCUUACAGGAUGGCUAUGGCUCGGAGACCUACUCGGAUGGAGGCACAUACCAGGGCCAGUGGUUGAGUGGUAUGCGUCAUGGCUAUGGGGUGCGACAGAGUGUGCCUUAUGGCAUGGCAGCCAUCAUCUUCUCCCCUAUGUGCACCUCCAUAAACUCCCUACGAUCCGAUCACAGCGAAGGGGCCCCCACUCCAGAAGAUGGCUCUGGUGUCAGUGGGGUAUCUGGCAGUCCGGUGGGGCGUAGUGGCUUUGUACUUUGUGCUCACAGUGAAGCAGACAGGCACAGGAAGAGGAAAGGCCGCUUCCGACAGUCCAUAUUGAGCGGUUUAAAGUUGCGAAGGUCUGAGUCCAAGAGCUCUCUGGCCAGCCAGUUAAGCAAGCAGAGUUCCUUCUGCAGCGAGGCAGGUAUGAGCACAGUCAGCUCAGCUGCCUCAGACAUCAACUCCAACGUCAGCUUAGGUGAAGCGGAGGCAGGGGGCAGCGUGGACGCCACUGUCACCGAAACAUAUGCUGGCGAAUGGAGGAAUGACAUGCGAUCGGGGUGGGGUGUAAGUCACCGCUCGGAUGGGCUUCACUAUGAAGGUGAGUGGUUUGGGAACAAGCGGCACGGCUAUGGCUGCACCACCUUUCCAGAUGGAACCAAGGAAGAGGGAAAAUACAAGCAGAAUGUUCUGGUGAGUGGCAAGCGGAAAAACCUAAUACCACUCCGUACCAGCAAAAUCCGUGAAAAGGUGGAUCGUGCUGUGGAGGCUGCCGAGAAAGCUGCAGACAUAGCCAAGCAGAAGGCAGAGAUUGCAUUGUCCAGGAUGAGCCAUGCCAGAGGAAAGGCAGAGGCUGGAGAGGGAGUCGCACAGAGAGCCCUGGAGGAGUGUCGUCUGGCCAGGGCUAUAGCCAAAGAACUUUCCCCCUCUUUCCAUCACUAUGGGAAUGGACUGGAGUGCCAGAGACCAAAGCAUCAGGACAGGAAAGAGAAAGACCUGGAGGUGGUCUCCACUGGCACAGACAGCCCUGAGCUCUGCACACCAGACACAACACCUCCAGCCCAGACGCCUGACCUGAGCCCAGUUCUGAGCAGCCCACCCUCACCCCCCUGCAGCCCACCUACUCAUCGUAGUAGGAACGCUUGUUUCAUGCGACAGAGUGCUGUGGACGAACAAGGAGGGGCAGAGAUUCAGGUACUGGUGGAAGGUAGAGGCAUGGACAACAUGAGAGCUGGGGCCAACAACUGGACUGCUGAGAUGUAUCCUCACAGAAGAGGAAGCAAAGGGGAGAGCAGUCGCUCCACAACGCCAUCCCUGCUGGAAGAGGAGAUCGGUCACAUUAAUGGUCAUGAGAACUCCUCAACUCAUCACCCAUGGGAGAACGGCUCCUCUAAUCACAAGCCUAUUGAGCAUAUGGCUUCUGAGAAGGUGUGGGAUCAAAAGCCCUGGAAACAUCAAAAAUCCAAGGAACAUACAAUUUCCAGGGAACGAGAACGUGAGCAUAAACCAUCCAAUCACAACUCUGUUGAUUGCGACUCUUCCAAGUUCAAACCACAGGUGCACAUAUAUUCCAAUCACAAGUCCACGGGUCAUAAUUUAUCCAAUCACAAGACCAAUCAGCAUGCUUCCUCCAAUCACAAACCAAAGGACUUUAUUUCUGCACACGAAAAACCACACGUUUCUUACCAUUAUAACCCCCAAGAGCAUGUUUCCUCCUAUCACAAACAACACGAGCAUGUCCACUUCAACCACAAGCCAAGAAAGUCCUUUACCAAUCAUACGAUUGGUGAGUCUAGCUUAAAUGCAUACCAGCUGUCAGACCGUGGAGCCAACAACUCCACUCUGGAAUGGACUGUUGAAAACAAUCCCCAGUGGAUCCCUUCCCAUUCACAUCUGCAGGAGAAAGAAGGGGAAAAUGAUUAUCGGGUUGAAAUGAGGUUCCAGCCCCUAGACUCCGUUUCCCAACAGAACUUUGGCUCUGGCACGAAAGGCUCGGGUCUCCAAGGGCACAAUUUGCAGAGACUACGUCAGCGAAACCAUGAAGGCAAAGAAUGGGGUCUUGCAGCCAGGGAAGGUUCCAUGGACUCUGUGCAGAUGCUCGACACCUUGAAUGUUGGGGUUGACGUGGAGGAAUGGCCUUUGCACAGGGACAUUACUCUUUCACCCCCUUUAACGUCUUCUCCAGAACCACUGGACCAAGAAGUAGAGCAUCUGAACCUGAUAAAGGCAAACUCAGGCUCCAGCUCUAUCCUGGUGGUCUUGGUGAUAUUACUCAACAUCGGUGUAGCCAUUUUGUUUAUUCAUUUCUUUAUUUAAUCAUACGGCCUCUAGAAUGUCAAUAACAGCAUUGAUCAUCAUCAAGAGUAAGAUAUGCACACUUAGCACCACUUCUUAAUAUAAGGAACCCAAAAAUUACAGUAGUAAAUGUCUGUGUAAGUUGGGCAGGUCCAUGUAAAUUGUAAACUUCUUUUAUGGUUCAAUUUAUUAUAUAAAUCCAUUAGUUAACUUUGCUUACUUUUUUCCUCCAUUCAUAAUAAAGGUCCAUUUACAAUAUUCUGUAGAUCUGAAGUAUUACGCACAUUUAGGUUUUUAAAUAUACGGCUCGUCUGAUAUGUUUUACCACAUCUUUAACAGUUACAAAAGAUUAUUUCACUUAUUUUCUUUUCGAAUGCACAUCAGGCCUGAGACUCUGAAGAUUAAAGAUGGUCUUGUGGUUUUAUGUACUAUGAUAUAGUUGAUGUAAGGUGCAGUUCACACUAAUACAUAUAUAUAUAUAUAUAUAUAUAUAUAUCCAACCAGUCUGAGACCACACAUCCUCCCACUGUAUUCCAGGGUACAGCCCUAUAUGAUCGCUGCAGACACUCGUUGCAUCAUCCAUAGAAAACAACUGAUUCCAACUCAUCUACAUACCCAGAUUUGACACAACUAUAGGUCUGUGGUAACAGCUAUCUUCAAGGGCUUCAUCAUUCUCAUACCGUUUUAACCAGAAAAGCCUGCAGAAUUCUUUCCACACUUCUAAUAAUCACUGAAUUUCAGCACAAUCUAGUCGUGUAGUUCGUUUUGAUUCACCGAAUACACCAUUGACACACUGCUAUGCCAGAGUCACCGCUAAAGCAACUUCUGUGUUUUCUCGUACACCACAUCACAUCUGCUAUGUGACAUAAAAGUACAACAGAGGUGCAGCAGUGGUUGAGUAUUCCGGCUCAUACUCGAUGAUAAGGUUUGAGACUGUUUUCAAUAUAUAUUAUUCUAUACUACUGAACAUAUUUUAACAAGUUUGCAAGAUAUCAUUGAUAUGCUGAGUGCCUUUUUUAAUUGAGAAACCUUCCCAGCGAGCAGGUUAUGUACAGGUGACCGCUCAUACAGAGGUCACGUGAAACGGUUUGUCUCUUAUCCCAUCCAACCUUUGAACAAAUCAAGUUGGCUUAAGAACUGAGCCUAAGCCUGUGGAGAUUUUUACAGCAUGUUUGUUAGCCUGUUCUCUUCCGCUGUUACUCUGUGUGAUUUUCUGCCUGUCUCUCUGUCCAGCAACUUAGAUAACAAUUGGGACUGAAAGCAGUGUAAAAAAUACCAGCUUAUGUUUCUCAGUGGGACCUGACUGACAUUAUCUAAAUUAAUGAAUGAUAAACUGCUAUUGUAUAUUUUAUACUACUCAUCCAGUGAUAUCAUGUUGUGAGAUCAUUGCAUGCCUAAGCAUGCCCUUUCUUACGCAAUGAUUUAUGAGAUUGUUUCCAAGUUAUGUGGAAAAUUAAUAAAAUGUUUGAGGUUA